AUGUCUCACGCGGGGACCACGAGCGCUCCUGGGGGUCUGAACCUGGGCUACAUGCGGACCAUCCCGGGCCUUCUGCAGAGCGGCCAGCUGGUGGCGCUGCUGGUCACCUUCCUCUGUAUUCACCUCUCUCGCGGUUGGCCCAGCUGGUACGCGUUCCAGUUUUUUGAGGUGGUGGCUUUAUGGUUCCUUGUGGCGCUCCUGGUCUUCUUCUUCAUACACAUCUUCAGCCUCAACACCAGGACGCCAUGCAUCAACUGCCCCCUAACGGUGAGACGUGACAUUGCACCCACACUUCUUACCCUGUCCCCUGGUGUAGAGACAUGGUACUAUAAAGCUCCCCACAGGUGA